GCUCUGCUUGGUGCGUGCAGAGGAAGGAAGCGGCGAAGUGCCGGGCGCCGCUGGGCUGUGUGCCACGCAACGCCGGAGUGAAUGUAUGAACACGGCGAGCGAGGGGCGGGGAAGAAGAAGAAGAAAAAAGAGGACCCCCCCGCCGCCGCCGCCGCCUCCUGUUGCAUUCAAGUCUGGGGGCUGAGCUUGCGCCGGGGAAUCCGCAGCCGGCUCUGGAGUCCUCGGCUCCCUGCAGACGCUUGUUGCUCGGGCCGGCUGGAGAGGCGGGCGCGUGGCGUGGCGCUGGGCUUCUGCUCUGAAGCGCAUGGGAAGCAGACCAUGAGCCACCUGCGGCCGGGCUGAGGCAGAGCUAAGCGGCAACUCGCUCGUCGCCUGCCUCCUCGCAACUAGCAGCACACGCAAGCCCUCCCGGGCCAAGCCGGUCGCUCAGAGCUCUUUUCUCCAGCAACAGCCGCCGCCGCCGCCGCCGCCUGGUAAGUUUCCAGCGCUGUCGCCUCCGCCAUCGGCCGCUCAGGUGCAGCAGGAGGAGGAGGAGCGGGGGAAGGUAUGGGGAGUGGAGCAGGUGACGGCAGCAGCCAGGCGCACCUGGGCUGAGCUCCGGCUUGUUUGUUCGGAGGAGGCAGCUGGCGAGCAGGCAUGGGGAAUCAAGUGGAGAAACUGACACACUUAAACUACAAGGAAGUUCCCACGACUGACCCGACGGGCAUGGACAGAGAUGAGGGUCCCAGGAUUGGGGUCUCCUAUAUAUUUUCUAACGAUGACGAUGAAGCGGAGCCACAGCAGGACUCGGGAGUGUCGAACCUGGGCGGGGAGCAUCCCGCAUCGCAACCGUAUGACCCCCGGCUGCACGAAGUGGAAUGUUCAAUCUAUUACCGUGACGAGUGCAUUUAUCGGAAAAGCUUUUCUGGGGAUGAUACACCACCAGAUGAGGUGGGUGGUGGUGGAGGGGGACAUCUAGCCACCUACACACCAGAAAACCUGUUGAACAAAUGCAAACCUGGAGAUCUGGUGGAAUUUGUGUGCCAGGCACAGUACCCCCACUGGGUGGUGUACGUAGGGGAUUUCCAGGUGGUGCAUCUACACAGACUGGAAGUCGUGAACAGCUUUCUGACGGAUGCCAGCCAGGGCAGGAGGGGACGCAUCGCAAACCAGUUGUACCAUUACAAGCCACUAAGUCCGGCGACUGUGGUGCGGAAUGCCCUGGACCAGGUGGGUUGCAAGGAUCGGGACCUCAGCUGGAGAAACUCUGAGUGUUUUGCGGCCUGGUGCCGUUAUGGCAAGCGAGAGUUUAAAAUUGGCGGGGAGCUGCGCAUUGGCAAGCAGCCCUACCGGUUGCAGAUCAGGCUGGGGGAAAAACGCAGCCACACGCUGGAAUUCCAGAGCCUGGAGGAUCUCAUUAUGGAGAAGAGGAGGAAUGACCAGAUAGGGAGGGCAGCUGUCGUCCAAGAACUUUCCAGCCAUCUGCAAGCAGCAGAGGCAGAAGAAGACGAGGACAACAACGAGAACACGGAUCCAGGUGCCCAGCCUGGCUCCGAGUAGCUGCUCUUGCACAGCCAGGCUGCAUAGCCUGGGUGAUAGGGAUUAAAACUGAAGGCUGCGAAAUUGAGCUGUUAUAAGCCCUUUGGGCUGCUUCAGUGCAGCUUCACUCCAAUCACAUGUGAAGGGAAGGGGGAAAGCUGAUUAAGUGUCAGUGCUUUAGCACUUAACUCCUUCAGUGCUUAUUAGAACCAGCAACUUCCUUUGCAGAGGGUUAAAACUCAGGGCGAUCUCCCCUAACUCUGUUAUGCAUAACUCUCCCUCCUCUCCCGGUGCCAUUCCUCUUCCUCCUACUUAGCUGCCUCCACUUUGAAUUGGAUGCGGCAGUUCAGGACAAUGUGAUUUCAGUGACCUAGUUGGGAAGUUCCCCUUUCCUGUCCCUCCCGACUCCCCCUUACCUCCUCCUUUGCAUUGGCAUUUCUGGAAUCUAUUUAUUUACUUAGGUUCUCUGGCUGUGACCUCGGUGGGGACAUUUCAGCCACCCCUGCUGCCAUUCCGGCUAGGAUUUAAUGGCUAAAUCACUGUUCACUCUGUAAUUGGGCUGGCUGUUGGCUGGCCGUUGAAUAAUGUGAAGCAGCUUAGAAGAGGCGAGGUGCCUGCUUCCUCUCCUCCGUGUGGUUUCUCUGAAAGUACAGAAGACUGUUGGAGCUCUUAUCAGAGGAGGGCUUCAGAGUGUGGGCUGUGAUAGGCUGCAAGUUCUCAUUUUGCACUGCUACUAAAAUAAUUGGCUAAGCUUCCCUGGGUUAUUGUGCUGCUGGGUUAGGAAGGGUUUCUCAAGUCCCCAGAUGUUGUCGGGUGACAACUCCCAUCACACACACACACAUACACACCCUCUCGCUCUCACUCCCUCCAUCCACAAUGGCCAAAGAAGCCCUCAUUGGUACAAGAGGUAUGCCAGGGAGAGAGAGAGAGAGAACGAAAUCAGAGCUAAAGGCGGUUGUGGCUGAGGUUGAUGGGAAUUGUAAUCCAACAGCAUCUGGAGACCCAAGGUUGGGAAACCCUGGAUUAGGCUAUACAGGUGAUUUCAGUAUGUGGUACAAGCCAAAUUACAGGACCUAAGAGGAUGGGGUGGGGUUAAACCCAUGCAGCACCAUCUUCAUUGUUUUGCUUCAAAUCUAAGUGCUGUUCAGGCACAUCUAUAUUUUUACUGCAAAUGAGAGUUUAGUUUUAAACUAGUUGAAUGGCCUUGUUUCUCCAAGGGACUCCAGGAAGAGAUUAUUGUCCCUUAAGGACUCCUAGUCCUUGGUUCGAGCCACAUUUUCUGGGGGCCCAUGUCAGGCUACUGUAGUGCAGACAUGCAGUGGCUCAACCACUUUGAGGAUCAUCAAGUUAGUGAAUUGGAAGGAAACUUCUUAUCUCUUUCCGCUUCUGUCCUGAUUGGAUUUACAGAUGAGACCGCUGAUUUCAGGAUUGGAGGGAAGCUGGUUUAGAUUUCUGUUCUUUUCUUUGUGCCUCAGUAAACAGUAGAAAAUACCCUUUUUAUCAGAGGAUUGGAGAGGAGAGAGGAAGAUGGUUAUGUUGGCUUGAAGCUAUUGUGCAUUUUGAACUUAAGGAGACUCUUCCUUUGCCCACUAGAAAUAAAUCCACCCCCCCAAGCCUCGUG